CCCGGCAGCUCUGCUCUCUCGGCGCUCGGACGUGCUUUGGGCUCUUCCUCACUCGGCAAACACGCAGCUUGGUCUCGCCAUGCACCUGGCACAUCUCAUCCUCACCGUCUUCCUGGGCCAGCUCCUGGUGGCUGUGGCUAGAGCCCAGGUGCAGCAGGAGCCAUUCCUGGAGACCACCGAGGGCACCGGCAUCAACAUCACCUGCUCACACUCCAGCAAACGGAUGGGCGAUACGAUCCAUUUCUACCGUCAGCUGCCGGGCCAAGGCCCCGAAUUCCUCGCCCUCGCUGCUAGAGGCUCCAAGGAUGCGCCGGGCAUUGCAGGAACGCUGUCGGUGUCGGAGGACGGGCGCCGGAGCGCGCUGUGGCUGGCUGCGCCCCGGCGCGGGGACGCGGCCGUGUAUUACUGCGCGCUGGGGACCCGGGCAGAGGAGCCGGGGCUGCGGCCGGGCACGAACCGCCGCGGGCGGGGCCGGGCGGGGCCAGCAGGGGCCGCUGCCACUCCGCCCGCCGGGCUCCCGGGGCGCGGCUCCGCAGCUCCUUCCUCUGCCCCGAGCCCGCCCGCACCGACAGCGCCGAUGGCACCGAAAAGGCCGACACGCUCCGGGACUGCUGGCCCUCCCUUUAACUACUAUUGCUUCUCCUCCCUUCCAUCACAUCCCUCAGCAUCCCUGACGCCUUGCUGGGAAUAA